GCGGCCCGGCGCUGUCCGGUGCCGCCCCGCCGUGCCCUUGAGGCCGGCCCCGGCCCGGCCGUGUCCUCGCUGCCGCCUCGGGCAGGGCUCCGCAGGGUGCUGGGGGGGGGGGUCACGGCCACGCAAAGCUGGCCUUGGGGGCCCCAGCGGGCCUUCCUGGGGAAAAGGAGCCGGCUGAGGUCGAGCGCACGCUAAAUAUAUCCCUCUCUCUCCUCUCAUUUGUUCCGUAAUUAUUUUUUUUAAUGAAUGUGGCACCUAAGCCUUAUGUGCCAACGGAGGAGGAACGAAGGCUCCUCAAGGAGUGCGCUGAUGAGAGCGCCCGGUAUAGAGCUUUUCCUUUGGCUGCGGCGAGCAUGCUUGCUACUACUUUCUUAAUCAAAAAAGGUAUUCUAAGAGAGACCUCAAGAUUUGGCUCUUUUACUAAAGUUGCAUUUGCUGGAACGUGUGGAUACCUGGCUGGAAAGAUAUCCUACCUGCCAAUCUGUAGCGAGAAAUUUAAGAAACUGAAGGACUCCCCAAUAGGAGAUGUUCUACGACAAGCUCAGAGACACAGUUCGCAUUCCCGUUCCAGCCGGAAGUCUGAAUUUUCAGAUACGCCUUCUCAGUCAUUUACUGAACCUUCUUCUCCAAGAGCUGGAUUCCCACUUUCUUCUACAUAUUCAGAUGAUUAUAGUUCAACAGACAGAGGCCUCUCUAGCUACGAACCUGUUCCAUUCAGUGCUUCCCUGAAUGAAUCUUCGCCUACAGGAAUCACUGAUUAUGCUGUGCAAGAACCUGCUCCAAUUCCAGAAGAAAGUCGUAAAAGAAAAACUGUCACAUAUGAAGAAUUAAGGAAUAAACACAGAGAAACGUACGAAGUAAUGGUACCACCAAAGGCAGAAACUCCAAUCAAGUUGCCACAGGAAAAACCAGCUAAGGAAGUUAAGGUAAAUAAAUAUGGAGAUACCUGGGAUGAGUAAGAACCGAAUGAAGAACUGUAGAAAAUUAUCUCCUGUCAGCCAACUUGAACUUCAUCUUUAUCAGUUACAAAUACUGGCAGCUUUGAUGUGUUCUGCCAGGCACAGUUACUAAUAAAUGAGAAAAUCUUGACUUGCCGGAAUAUUUAAAAAAAAAUAUAUAUUAAGGCUGAAGAUUCUUUUUUAUUUUGCAUAAAUGACAAGCCAGGGUAUUGUGAGGUGUCAUGAUUGUAAACCAUUAGCGCUAUUGUUUAAGAAUGAAAAAGCUAACUAGCAAUAACUAAUAUAAAUGUACAAGAAGGGGUGAAAUGUGUGUAAAUAAAAGCAAUUAUAUGUAUUGGGAAGGAAAAAAAUAACGAUCUUCUGAAACUUUGAAUAUUUGCAUUAAAAGUUACCUGCAGAAAUAACCUCUCACUGUGUUUUGUCUGAAAGUAUGCUGGAAACCUUAAAAUGUUACCAUACUUAGUAAUGUUUGGAAUAAUACUGAAUUAUUAGGAGAAAAAGGGUAGAGGAAACUAGCCGAAUACAGGAGUAACCAUACUGAAUAGGACUUCCCUUUUCAAAGCUUUCUCUGGGUGACAGUUGUGGUUUUAUACUGGUCUUCUGAUUUGCCCACACUGGGUCUCUUAGGGCAGUCAAUGCAGAAUAAAAUGAUUGAAUGAAACUGCAGAUAUUUAAAAUAGCUAUAUUUAAGUGCAGAAGGCUAAACUGGACAAACUGUUAGAAGUUUGAUAUCUUGACUUAAUAUUAAUUUUUUUGCAUUGUCUUUUUUCUCUGUUUGUGCAUGUCACGGUCAAAAAAUAAAUAAACAACAACACUUGAGACUGUUCAUGGAGAAAAGAUCCUGA